AUGAAAAAAAUAGACGAUAAGAGCACUCCAACGAAGUCAGUGCAGAGCAGCAGCACUGAAGCUGAGUACACCAUCGAAAAGGAGGAUAUAAAAUACGCCCAGAAAGUACACCGGGAUGAAGUUCUGUUCAAAGGUCACUCUUUUUUCUUACUCCAUGAAGGCAGCAACAGCCUGGAAAUAAUCUUCAGAGUGUCCGCUCAUUACAGGACAAAGAAACUGGUCUCAGAAGAAAAGCCAAGGAAACGCAGUUCUUCAGCGGCAAGAGCCAGAGGCGCAGUGCUUGGAGAUGAGGCAAAUGCGCAUAAGCAACGGAUAUGUCGCCGAGCAAUUCAUUUAUUGUUCACCGAGGUCACGGAGAAACUCGCUGCGAUCCCACGUUGCUACGCAAGAGUAAUCGCUUGGAAGUUUUAG